AGUGCCUUGAGGCAUUUGAUUUGUCUGCAGUUGCAAGUAGAAAAUGGGCAUCUGGAGAAAAGUAGCUCAUGAAUUGCCGCGCUACAGCUGCGGUUUGCGAACGCGUGCUUCUGGUUCCACAAUGCCUGUCCUAUGCUAGCUGUCGUUCCCUAUCCUCCGUCCCCUAUCUUCUACCUCUUAGACAGCGCCUGCCACCCAAUUUGCAAAGGGAGUCCGCAUCCAAUACCGAAAUAUGGCUUGCAAGCGGGGAAUCGACCGCCGCUCUGGUAUCUGGCAGAAGCUUGCCUUCCAAAAGCAAUGAUCUUGUAUCCGAAUAGCCGAGGCAAAAUAUUUCGACCAAAUGGUCUAAAGUAAAGAACCUCACGCGCCAUGCUACGAAGAAAGACCGAGAUAGAGUAUUGAGAAUGGUUGGAAGGAAGACGACGAAGACGGCUACAUUGAUGGACAAGAUGGAGGUGAUAGUGAACCCGACUAGAAAGAAAGGAAAGGAUGCGGUACAACUCAAGAUCGAUGUCUACACUCAGGCUGCUUCGGUGCUUACCGUGCCGAAGUUUGGACUCAGCCAUAGUUCACACAUAUCCAAAAAUAAACCAAGACUUGUGUAUCAAUCUUCAAUUGAGCUGCCAGCAUUCGACAUACGAACAACUGCAGAAGCUCCUAAUUCGUCGGCCGCUGGGAAGUCCGCGUCAUUGCAGUUUUUAGAUGCGCUGGGGCGUGCUCGAAGAGAAGAAGAACCUCUUGAUGAUGGUACAUCAGGGUUAGAUGUGACAAAUGCAAAGGAGUUUGUCGAAUAUUGCAGCUCGUUACUCGGCAUGCGCGAUUUCGUUGUCAAAGUUAAUGGAAAUGCCGAGUGGAAGUACAACGGCGGCCAUAGCUUCGAAGCACAGGUCUUCGCAGAUGAUGCAGCCAUCGGGGAUAGCGUAACCAUGCAGGAUAACCGUUCAGCUACAAAAUUGGCCUAUCUUACAGCGGCCGUUCAUCUUGCUCUAAAAGGGCCUAUGGUAUUGGUCCAAUUUCUUGAGAACAAGAAUGAUGGAAAGAACGAUUCAAUCCAAAACCGAACUUCGCGGCGGACGACGAGCAUCGAGUAGCUUUUACAACAGUGGUUGCUAACAUCAUCGAGCGAGACGAAGAAGAUGGAAUUCUUG